AUGCAGUACGUACGCAGCAUCAGCGGCUCUGUCUCUAAGACAUGGAACUCAAUCAAUCCGGCCACACUGAGCGGUGCGAUCGAUGUGAUCGUCAUUGAACAGCAAGAUGGCACCCUCGCUUGCUCGCCCUUUCAUGUCCGCUUCGGCAAGUUCUCGCUCCUGCGUCCGUAUGAAAAGAAGGUGGAAUUCAAAGUCAAUGGGAUCAAACAAGAUUAUGCGAUGAAGCUAGGAGAGGGAGGCGAGGCAUUCUUUGUGUUUGAAACCACCGAUGAGAUCCCCGCCUCUCUACAGACCUCACCUUUGGUGUCUCCCGCCGCUAGCCCGAAGGUUCCCAGCGAAGAUCUUGCGUCAUCGCUUCAGGAACCAGAAUAUUUGGACCUUGAAAAGUCACCCGGAGAUGCUUUAUCAGAAGGUGCGAAGACAGCGUUAGCGAUGCCUCUAUCGCGACAGUCACGGGCAGCCACAGAUUUAGGCGCGAUGACUCCUUUGUCACGCUCUCCCGCAGGAUCAGAGCUAAGCACUUCUCACCGUGACUCGUUCAAUUCUAAACCAGCCCUCGAUCACACGGUGUCGGAAAACAUACUGUCGACAAGUGUCCCUCGAUCCGAUGACGGGCAACGGUCGUCCAUUAGUGGUCCUGGCUCAGCGCACGAAAAUGAUACCCUACAGAGAGAUGGCUCUCGUAGCCCACCUCCGGUGUCACCACAAGAGGCUAUGUCCCGUGCCAUCUCUUUGUCCAAGAAGCUCACUGGCUCAAAUAUUCCAUCUCACGUUACCGAUACUGGCGAUCUCAUGUUAGAUAUGACGGGUUACAAGAGCAACGAAGAAGAUGCUAUCCGAGCUGAAGUUCUUGCCCGCAAGAUUCUCGCCGAGGAAUUGGAAGGGAGCUAUGACCUUGGUGCGCUCAUCGGAGCGGAUGAGCAUGGAAAUCUCUGGAUCUACAGCAGUGAGGAGGCCAAAGAAGCGGCUUACCAAGCAGCGUCCCUCAAUUCAAUGCGUCCGACUACCGCAUUGAGUGAAGAUGCAAUUUCAGACCCUGGGUACCACAGCGAGGGCGACCACUCCACCCUGGAGCCCUCGAUGGGAGUGCGCCACCACCGGACCAAGUCGGACGUUCAGCCGGGUAUUCCCACACCUCCUCAAUCACCUUUGCAGGACUCGUUUGCCGUCGAGACCCGUAAUUACGCUAAAACACUGCGGCUGACUAGCGAUCAACUCAAGGCCUUGCAGUUGAAACCGGGGCCAAAUCUCAUGUCCUUCAGCGUGAACAAGGCAACCUGCACAGCGAACAUGUAUCUGUGGAAUGGGAAUACGCCAAUUGUGAUUUCCGAUAUUGAUGGGACUAUCACCAAGUCCGAUGCUUUGGGACACGUUCUGAACAUGAUUGGACGUGACUGGACCCACGCCGGAGUCGCCAAGUUGUACACUGAUAUCGUCAACAACGGCUAUAACAUCAUGUACCUCACCAGUCGAUCUGUUGGGCAGUCGGACACCACGCGGGCGUACCUAUAUGGAGUGUGCCAGGAUGGAUACCGACUGCCUAAGGGACCUGUGAUUUGCAGUCCAGAUCGCACGAUGGCAGCAUUGAGACGGGAGAUCUAUUUGAGGAAGCCGGAAGUCUUCAAAAUGGCAUGCCUGCGCGAUAUUCUUGGAUUGUUCUCAGGGAAGGAGAACCCAUUCUAUGCUGGCUUUGGAAAUCGAUUGACCGAUGCCUUGAGCUACCGAUCUGUCAACAUCCCUUCUACUCGGAUCUUUACAAUCAACUCGAACGCCGAAGUAUCUCUUGACUUACUGAGUCUAAACAAGUAUAAGAGCAGCUAUGUGACCAUGCAGGAACUGCUCGAUCAUUUCUUCCCAGCUAUCAGCCUUUUGGUCCAAUCUGGAGGUGAAGAAUAUACGGAUUUCACGUACUGGCGAGAUACCCCACAAGAUAUCGAUGACUUCUCUGCCACCGACAGUGAAGAGGAAGACGACGACGAGGACGAAGAGCCUGCCGACGAUGAAAUGCUUGAGGAUGACGAAGACGCCGAUGAACAGGAAGAUUACGAUAAUGAAUCGAGCGAGGGUGAAGGCAGUGAAUACCUUGAUGAGACCGGUCUAGAUGACGAAGGGGAAGGGGGGACUGACAUGGGUGCAAUUUACAUAUCGCAUUCUUCAGAAGCCCCGUCCAACCCCGCAGGGUCCAUCGUGCAGUCCAUCGAGGGCGGUCCAGAUCUCGAGGAUGUUGAAGGAUCAGGCGGAGAGGAGGACGACUCUUAUGCCCUUGGUGCUGUGCUGGCCGAACCAGCAAGCUCGAUAACGCUCCCUCUUCGCCCCAAGUCACCCCGGGACGUCUGA